AUGCACAUGCAAAAAAUCAGGUCUAGUCGCACACCACCAGUUCAAACUCAGCAAGGACCAGCGAUGGUUCCACCCCAAGUAAUUGGACAAGAAGGUGUUCCCAGAAUAACUCAUGGAUUGCAAGGAACAUCUGGACCUUUUCUUCAACGUCCUACUGGUGCAGGAAUCAAUCAAGGUCCUUCUAUUGAAACUCCAGAACGGGCCAGUAAGAAUGCACAAGGAAGCAAUGAUCGUGUUUUAUGA